GCGGGGGAGUACUUCCGGGUCAGAGGUGGCGUGGCUGGGGCCAUGUGGGAGCGGCGGUGAGGGGCCCACGAGGGGACCAGGCGGUAGAAGAAGAUGACGUCCUUAGCCCACCAGCUGAAGCGUCUCGCCGUCCCACAGAGCGAUUCCAGCCUUUUUUCUCGACAUGAAGUGGCCUCUCUGCUGUUCGAACCCAAGGAAGCCGCGGGCAUCGACCGAGACACUUUCUUUGCCAUCGGCUGCAAUGGCAUAGAAGAGCUCGUCGGGAUCGAUUCUUCCUUUGAGCAGUUCGAGGCCACGCUGUUCAGCGAGGUGGCGAAGAGCUUGGAGCGCAGCGUUCAGACCCAGGCCGUGAACACCCAGCUGGAUGAAACCAUCGGCCUGUUCCUCAUCCACCUGUCGCCUUAUUUCAUGCUAAAGCCGGCCCAGAAAUGCCUGGAGUGGUUGAUUCACAGAUUUCACAUCCAUCUUUACAACCAGGACAGCCUGAUCGGCUGCGUUCUGCCCUACCACGAGACGAGAGUGUUUGUGCGGGUCAUACAGCUCUUAAAAAUCAGCAGCCCGACGCACAAAUGGAACUGGAUGGAGCCGGUCAAGAGUUCCGGAGUCCCCCUCGCCAAGGGGGCUUUAAUUACCCACUGCUACAAAGAUCUCGGGUUCAUGGACUUCAUCUGUAGCCUGGUGACCAAGUCUGUGAAGGUGUUUGCGGGCGACCCCCGCCACGCGGCUCAGCUGCGGGUACUACUGGCCUUCUACGCGUCCACCAUCGUGUCCGCCCUGGGGUCCGCCAGUUCGAUAUCCGACUCCACCGUCGCCAAGCUGCUCCCCUUCAUCCAGAAGGGCUUGAAGUGGUCCGUCGCCGAUUACAGAGCCGCCACCUACAUGAUCGUGUGCCAGCUGGCCGCCAAGGUGCCGAUGGAGCCGGCCGUGGUGCAGUCCCUGGCCCUGCACGUCAGCAAGACCUUGGCCAAGAUCCCCUCCCUCGUCAAGGACGGGCUCUGCUGCCUGGUGGUGUUGCUGCAGAGGCAGAGGACCCACGCGCUGGGGAAGAAGCCUUUCAACUACCUGUGUGGCGUUCCCGACCUCAUUCCCACCCUGCAGGAGAUGGCGGCGACCUUCGACAUCUCUCCUCUCCUGCGCUACACGCUGCCCCUCCUGAUCGGCGCCGUCUACCGCCACGCUGCCGGAGACGACUCCAAAGAGGCGGACGGCCAGAGGUACGCCCAGCAUCUAGAAGCGGUACUGAAAGAAAUCCCACUGGACAACAACUUGGACCGUUUAUUAGCCAGCACUCUUCUAGAAGAGUUCGUCUCCUACAGCUCCGAGAAAGUGAGGGGGGCAAAGAAAAUAGCCUCGUUCGACCAACAACUUCUUCCUCUCGUCAGGCUCUUCGAAAGCAAGUACUCCGGGGCGCUGGACUGGGUCUUAGAGAAGCACCUGAAGGAGAUGAGCGACGAGGCGAGCAAGCGCGUCCUCUUCCACCGCUUCAUCUCGCUCUCCACCAGCGGCGGGAAAUACCAGAUCCUGGCAGGCUCGGCCACCUCCCUGCUGCUCAGCCUGAACCAUCCGUUGGCCACUGUGAGGCUGCUGGCCGUGCAGCAUCUCCGGACCAUCCCCAAGAAGUCCAAGGAGAGCAUCGACGACUCCUUCAUCAGAGAGGCCAUCCUGGCCCGCCUCGGGGACGACAAUUUAGAGGUGGUCCUGUCGGCUCUGAACGCCUUUAAGGAAUUUAAGGAGCUGUUCAGUCCGGAAGCCGCCGUCUCCAGCCUCCUGAGCCUCUUCCAGAGAGCGGAACAAGCGCCGGUCGGGGAAUGGUACGAGAUCCUGGAGUUGGCCGGCAGCAUUUUGGUCAAAGAGGAGAUCCUGAGCAGAGACGCCCCGGCCCCCAACCUGGUGGCGGUCCGCCUGCUCCCGUUCAUGAUCCUCACCAGCGUGGACCCCGGCUCCCCGGAACGGAGGCUGGCCGUCCGGCUGGCCAAAUCGGGCAUCUGCUCCCUGCACCCCUUACUCAAAGGCUGGCAAGAAGCUCUCGAGAAUGUGAUGAAGACCUCCAGGCCCACGGAAUCAGUGGGUGCGGCCAACCAGAAAAUGGUCCGGCUAAUGGCCGGCAACAUCAGCUCGGGAGACCCGUCUUGGAUGCUGCAGCUGGUGGAGGAUUUAAUCGGCGUCGGCGAGCAGGAGGUCUACACCGUGAAGCAGAAAAUGACCUCAACCGUGGUCAGUUCGGUGCUGGUCAGCUGCUGCUGCUCUUCAAAAAAGGAAACCCACUUUCCCUUUGCCUGGAGAGUCUUCGGUCUGCUGGAGAGAAGAAUGAGGCAGCUGGAAAACAUAAUGUCUACCCUGGAAAUCCCCCACGAGUGGCACUCCGAGCUGACGUCCGACGGCCCGGUGCCGGCGGAGAUAUGGUCCGGCUACGUCGACAGGCUCCACGAGGGUCAGAUGGUGGCGGUGGGAGACUCGGUGAUGGUCCUGUUCAUGCUGAGGAGCUUUGUGUUCGCCCUGAGGCCUCCGCUUUCGUUCCCCAGAGGCGAGCCGUGGUGGAAUCCGGAGCGCCUGAGCGAAGACGGCCGAGACUACGUACGCCUGCUCGUGGGGCUGUUCGGAGUCCUGCUCGGAGGCGGCGACGCGUUCCACUUCCGACUUCUCAUGCGCCUCUUCCUCCAGGAGCACCUGGAGGACUCCGCCGAGCUGUUCAAGUUCUUCUCCGUCCUGUGGACCUACUGUUGCAGCGCCUCCGAUCCUCUGCGCUGCUCCGUGAAUGCGGUUCUACAGGUGCGGGCGCUGUACGUCGGGAGCGCCGUGCUGGCAUCGCCGACGGCCCAGAGGAAAAAGCAGCUGGCGUCCGCCUCCUCUCCAGUGGUAGUAUCCUUGCUGAUUAAUUUGGGAAGCCCUAUCAAAGAGGUGCGGAGGGCUGCCAUCCGCUGCCUCGAGUCCCUCGAUGGAGAGAAGGGGUUUCCAUUGCACGCGGUCGUCCAUCACGUGGUCCAGAAAGCGGAGGAGAUCACCUCAGAUGCCACCUACAUCAUCCAGGAUCUGGACAGCUUCUUCGCAGAGCGGCCGGCGGAAAAUCGGCAGAAAUCUGCUCAGAAGGCGUCCGGGCCCCUCAGCCACCUGCUCUCCUGCGUCCACGCUCCCAGCUGUCCGUCCUACGUGGUCAAGAGUCUGUUGAAAGUCCUUCGGGGAGUCAACAGCGAGGCGAUGCUGUGCCAACUGCUGCCCACCCUGGACCGGCUGCUGGAGAAGGCGCGGGCGGGGCCGGCCCCGAUGCCGGCGGACGAGGCGGCCGUCCUGCAGCUGGCCCUGGCCCAGUUCAACGAGCACUCGGCCCCGCUGCUCCGCAAGGACCCGCGGAGCCUGGAGCUGUUCUUCAAGGCGGUGCAGACCCCCCAGGAGCCCCGCAAAGGGACGCCCGCCCCCCAGCUCGCCGCGCUGGCCCAGGUGACGAAGCCGUUCUUCGCCGCCGUGGCGGACGAGAGGAUUCAGCAGAAGCUGUUGGGCCUCCUCUUCGAUUUGCUGUUGAACUGCAAGAGCCCGGUGUGCGCGCAGACCAUUGGCAACGUUUUCAAAGGGAUUUCCGUCAACGCCAAGCAGAUCCGGCUGGAGCUGGAGCUGCCGGAGAAGAGCAAGGCUCUGGGGACCGUCCAGCAGGCCAGGAGACAGAAGAUGCAGCAAAAGAAGUCGCCGGACCCGGAGGGGGUCCAGGAGGUCGGCAGCGUCUCUUGGCAGAGGGUGACGCUGAUCCUGGAGCUGCUGCAGCACAAGAAGAAGCUCCACAGUCCCCAGGCCCUGGUGCCGGCCCUCUUCAACCUCCUCUCCAGGUGCUUGGAACUCUUGCCGUCGGAGCAGAGAAACCUGGAGUACACGAAGCAGCUGAUCCUGAGCUGCCUGCUGAGCAUCUGUCAGAAGCUGUCCCCGGAUGGGGCCCGGAUCCCCAAAGACGUUCUCGACGAAGAGAAAUUCAACGUGGAGCUGAUUGUCCAGUGCGUGCGGCUGUCCGAGAUGCCCCAGACGCACCACCACGCCCUCCUGCUCCUCGGGACCGCCGCCACCAUUUUCCCCGAUAAAGUUCUGCACAACAUCAUGCCCAUUUUCACCUUCAUGGGAGCCAACGUCAUGCGCCUCGACGAUUCGUACAGCUUCCAGGUCAUCAACAAAACGGUGCAGAUGGUCAUCCCGGCUCUCAUUCAGGCGGACAAGAGGGGCUCGGAAGCCGUCCAGGGGAACCUGGAGGAGAUGGUGGUGAAGAUCAUGAACGUGUUUGUGGACGCCCUGCCCCACGUGCCCGAGCACCGACGCCUGCCCAUCCUGGUGCAGCUGGUGAACACCCUGGGCGCGGACGACUUCCUCUGGGCCCUCCUCGGCCUGCUCUUCGAGCAGUACGUGACCAAGACCGUGCUGGUGGCCGCCGCCGGAGAGAAGGACGCCGUCUUGGAGGCGGACACCGAAUUCUGGAUUUCGAUCUGCUGUGAAUUCGGGGCCCAGCAACAGUUCCGGAGUCUGCUGAAGAUUCUCCAGUACCUCACGGGACUGCCCGAGAACAAAGAGGAAGAGGAGCCCAAAAAGACAAGAUUCCCCAAGGCCAAAAGUCAGACGCAGACGGUGCAGAUCUUCGACGUGGGAACCCACACCAGCAAGCAGCUCCGCCACUUUAAAUUCCUGUCGCUGUCCUUUAUGACGCAGCUCCUCGCCUCCCGGGACUUCAUCGCCAAGGUGGCCGAAUCCAAUAACACCAAACAAUUAAAAAACCUCCAACAGAGGUUCUUAGAAGAAGUCCUCUGUUACAUCAACACGGUGGUCCGCUCCGUGGAGAACAACCAAGACAAGCUGACGGCCAAGUUUUGGCGGGCCCUGCUCAGCAAGGCCUACGACCUGUUGGACAAGGUCAACGCCCUGUUGCCGAUGAAGACCUUCCUGCCCAUGAUCAAAGGGCUGAUGGUCAACAAACUGCCUUCGGUGCGGCGAAAAGCGAUGGAGCUCUUGAAUAACCAGCUGCAUCUGCGGCCCGAGUGGUCACGGGACCAGGUGGAGCUCCUGCUGAAAGUUGUCCCGGACCUCCUGGCCAUCGCGGUGCGGAAGACCAAAGCGGAGGAGGAGGAGGAACAGGCCAUCAACAGGCAGACGGCACUCUACAGCCUGAAGCUCCUCUGCCGGGGCCUCGGGCCCGAAAAUCCCAAAUCCUUCGUCCCCGUGCUGGCUGCCGUGGUCAGGCUGAUCGCCCGGGAGGGGAAGGAAGAGAGGAACGUGCUGGGCAGCGCGCUGCUCUGCGCGGCCGAGGUCACCUGCGCCCUGGGCGCCCUGGCCAUCCCGCAGCUCCCCAGCCUGAUGCCCGCGCUGCUGAAGACCCUGGAGCGGUCCAAGGAGCUGGUCUCGAGCGAGGUGUACCUGCUGAGCGCCGUGACGGCCCUGCAGAAGGUCGUCGAGACCCUCCCGCACUUCCUCAGCCCCUACCUGCGCAGGAUCCUCUUCCAGGUGGUGCGUGUGAAGAAGAUCGCGGGGAGCCUGAGUCCGGCCUCCCAAGCCCACCAGCGCGUGCUGGCCCUGGAGGCGGCCCUGGCCACCACGCUGGCGCCCCGGGUCUUCCUGGCCGCCGUCACCGAGUGCUACGAGGAGCUGGAGCGGAAGCGCAAGAGCGGCCUUGGCUCGCUGAUGGGCACCCUGCAGGAGCACAUCGCCGUCAUGGAGAAGAUCCAGCUCCAUUCCCACCAGUCCCAGCUGACGGCCUUCUUCUUGAAAGCCCUGGACUUCCGCGCGGAGCACCCGGAGGAUGACCUGGAGGAAGUGGGGAAAACGGAGGGGGAGAUCAUCAGCUGCCUCAUCGCCAUGGUCAUCAAACUCUCCGAAGUCACCUUCCGGCCCCUCUUCUUCAAGCUGUUCGACUGGUCCAGGACGGCAGACGCCUCGAGGGAGCGGCUGCUGACCUUCUCGCGGCUGGCCGACUGCCUCGCCGACAGGCUCAAGGGGCUCUUCAACCUGUUCGCCGGCCACUUGGUCAAGCCGCUGGCCGACACGCUGAACCAAGUCAACCUCUCCAAGACAGAGGAGGCGUUUUUUGACGGCCAGAACGAGCCCAAAAAGAGCUGCCUCUUGCUGCGGUACAUCCUCGGCUGCCUGCACAAAAUCUUCCUCUAUGACACCCAGCACUUUGUGAGCAAAGAGCGGGCCGAGGCCCUGAUGAUGCCUCUCGUGGACCAGCUCGAGAACCUGCUGGGAGGCGAAGAGGCGUUCCAGGAGAGGGUGACCACCCAGCUGAUCCCCUGCCUCGCUCAGUUUGCCGUCGCCAUGGCCGACGACUCGCUCUGGAAGCCCCUCAACUACCAGAUCCUGCUGAAGAUGCGGCACUCGGCCCCGAAGGUGCGGUUUGCCGCCUUGUUGGCCGUCGUGGAGCUGGCCGAGAAGCUGCGGGAAAACUACGUGGUGCUGCUCCCCGAGUCCAUCCCGUUCCUGGCCGAGCUCAUGGAAGACGAGUGCGAAGAAGUAGAGCAUCAGUGCCAGAAGACCAUCCAGCAGUUGGAAAUCAUCUUGGGAGAGCCGCUGCAGAGCUACUUCUAGCCCCUGAAAGGCAUCUUUAAAAAGCCCAGAAAACCAAAAAACACUUUCUCUGCUCGGGCUGGCGGCCUUGUCUUCCCCACCCGCGAAGGCCAGCGGGGAGGGAACGGCCCCGCGGAGCGGGACCGAGCGCGAGGGGACACCCGCCGUUUCCUCGAGUCGGCGGGAGGCUCGCCCGGCUGCGGCCAGGCCCUGGCACUCGCCCGCCGUCCGACGAGCGGGUCGCCGCGAUGGGCCUGCCGGCCCCCUCGCUCCAUCCGAGACCCUGGCCGCGUUGGCACGCAGAAGUUGGCUCCUUGGGAACGUGGUUCGGAGGGGUGGGGGAUCACGUUUCCACCUGACGCCACAUCGCGCCCCGUCCCCGGCAGACGUGAACGUUUCCCGGUUCCCUCCCGCGUCCCGGCCUCGCGGUACCCUACGGACUUGCGCUCUGGCAGGGCUCGGUCGGCCUUCAGGGAUCUACGGGAAGACUGUGGCCGACACAUAGGGCCUUCGCUAGAGGGUUGCCGUGUCUCCCAUCCGCCCAAGACAGAGCUUUGCCCGAUUUCAGGUCAGAGCGGCUUCGAAGGCAGGCCGAAAGCCCACCCCGUCCUGCAGUCUUUGCCGGGGCCGGGUUCCGGAAGAGGAGGAGAACUUUUCCCGACCGACAAGGCCACUACCGUCGAGACACCGUGCUCGCCCAGCCCUCUCCCCGUCCGCGAUUCGAAGAACGGGUCCAAAUGACAACCCUUAAGCAGACACUGCUUCCCUCCGCCUUUUAGCCUCGCUACUUUACAUUCCUAAAGCCGGGUGUGGCGUUGAACCGACUGAGCCACCCCCUGAAGGAAGGACAAUCGAGCCAAUGCGAUUUCUAGGAAUUUAUUUUUACAAUAAGUGCUCCAGGAAGGGUUAGCGCUAGUACGUCUCCCUCGGACGGGAUUCGUGGGAUACUCAGCGUGCAAGCCAGCAGGGAGGGAGGAAUAGGACAACGGAACGUGUCUGCACACGUCUUUUAUACGGAAGGCCUCUGCUGUGCCGUUUUAGGCGCCGGCUUCUCGUCCUGCGGGGCCUCAGCGCCUGAACCCCUGCUUCCUCGACAAGCAAGCGGUUUUCUGCCGUCCCCAAGUGCGGGAGGCUGGGGGAGCUCAGCAUCUUUGGGGGCAUUAAAGAAAAUUGUCACCGUC